AUGUUAAACGAGUAUCACGUAUGUUACUGGGCAGUACAGAGCUCCCAUUCAUACGUCAACUUGACAGCAUGUGUGGACACAGGGGGCUACCUGGCUGUUCUCCCGAGCGGAACACUCAUGGACAAACUGGGAAAGCUAAUUGAUGCUUCAGGCACCAUAUCCAGUUCUCAAUACUACUGGGUAGAUGUGAACGACCUUGAUGAGGAAGGGAUAUAUACAAAUAGGUUUGGUCCGGUCAGUUGGACUGCAUGGGAUGGUGGCCAACCAAACGACGACACGGAAAAGGAAGAUCAAGAUUGUGUUAUAAUGUCGCCAAAAUAUUCGUAUGAGUGGCAUGACAGGAACUGUCUGAAUGACAACGGUUACUAUGCAUUUUGCUUCUACUAUCUGCUUGGAGAUGGGUACCGAAAAAGAUACGUUGUACACACAGACGCCACAAACACUACGUAUGGAAACCUGACUGAGCUGAUUGCAGAUAUCGACAGAGGAGUUGCAGUGCGAAUAUUAAUCAAAGACAUCCCAGGACAAUUUGACGACCUCGUUAUACAAGCCGACGCCAUUUUCUCUUACAGUGACGUCAUUGAAAGCAGAUGUGCACAGUCGGUGCAUAACAUGGCCUCGCAAUUGGGUUAUGUACUCAGAAUGAUCAUAUUUGCUUGUACAACUGGAUUUCUUCGAAUUGGGCUAUGGGCAAAUGGCGCACAAACAGAAACUACGCAUGGGGUCUCAAUGACCUGGUUUACAAGCGAUCAUUCCACAACAAAUGUUUUUCAAACAUCCGGGGCAUGGAACCCGGGUUUUAAUAUGACUGAAGCAAUUUUUUCUGGAAAAGAUGUUAUAGUCCAAUUAGAAAUGACAAGAUAUCCCCUACACGACCUGUACUAUGGGGUUAAUAUGACAGGGCAGUUCUCAUGGAUCGCCAACGACGGAAAUUGGACAAGUUUGAUGAUUGACUCCGAAGGCUACAUCCAUAAUACGGAUUGGUUAGAUGCAAAUGCCCAUACAUUUCUCAAAGAAAGUGGAUCUUAUGCUUACCUUGUGUCCGACACUUGGCAGUUGGUGUACUCGAACUCAUACUCCGAAUUUGAAGGGCAUGGAAGCAUUGUGUUGCUCGCUAAUUAUAUCAACUCUGGAAAAGAAGUCAAAGUCGAUAUAGGUGGACGUGUGACCAGGGUUGACAUGAUAUUUAUUAAUACCUUUCAAAUCUAUGCCAUGCUGUCGUCAGAGUUAGUAUCAGACGACAUGAACACCGACCUUAAAAGAACAGUAACCAUUGUAUCUUCCUCAGGAAAUAUUACAACGUACACGUUUGGGUUUGACCAGAAUACUAACUUAGUUGAAGAUAAAACCAAUUCUAGAGUACGUUGGUUUGUUGACAACUCAGUUUGGUCGGAAGUGCACAGAACAGAACCAUCUAGGACUAACUAUCAAGGACUUUUUACUUUACAAGAUGGAGUCUAUGCUGGUCAGCCAAUCCGCUUGAAAGUCGGAACGGAUUAUGGUCACAACAUAUUAUUUACUGCCGAUUUUGUGGACUACAGCGCCAGUGCAAAUGUAUACACCGCAAGAUACAGCCGCGGAUUUGCAUUCAAGCAUCUGAAUACAGGGGGGAUAAUUAUAGAUUUACCCGUGCAACAUUUACUGAUGGUAAUCACAAGUGUCGGAAACUAUCAGUAUAUUACUAUUCCAAAUGGACAAUAUGGAAUUAAUACAACGACUACGUCAUCGACAACAAUUUCUUGGUAUUCAAAACCAUACUUAUUCUAG